AUGCCCAAGGGAAAUAAAAAACGUAAUAGUAAACCCAAAGAAGAAAAUCAGCAACAAAAAGCCAAAGAAGCCAAUCAAGUGCAAACUUCGGCUGCAAAAAAAACACUUCGUCGCCUACGAAAUGAACAACAAAUCGAAAGAUUGACAUUAAAAGUCCCGCAUGGAAUUUCAGCUACUUUGAAUUUACAUAAAGCGAUCAAUACUACUAAAGAAAAAGUUAAAAGGAUUGCGAAAGAAUGUCGUCGAUUGAAUAUAAAGUUUCUUGAUCGGGAAUUUGACGUUUCGGACUUUGAACCUUGUCUUUAUAAUCUUCAUGAAGUAGACUAUAGUGGGGUUAAUGACACCAAGAGAGUAAAUAAGCUUUAUAAAGAGCCAAAAUUUUAUGCUGAUGGUGUUAGCCCUGGAGAUGUUCGACAAGGAAUUAUUGGAGAUUGCUGGUUUUUGUCUGCGGUGUCCACGUGUACAAAUAUUAAAGGUGUCAUCGAAACUAUUUGUGUUGCACGUGACGAACAAGUUGGGGUAUACGGAUUUAUCUUUUUCAAGGAUGGCGAUUGGGUUUCGACAGUUGUCGACGACCAGUUAUUUGUUUCAACUAUCGGAGGUUCUUCGGUUAUUGCUGUCGCCCAAUGCAAAGAUCCAAAUGAAACUUGGUUACCAUUACUUGAAAAAGCAUAUGCCAAAAUUCAUGGAGACUACGAAAGUAUUGAUGGCGGCUCCGUGUCGGAUGCUCUCGAGGACUUUACUGGCGGUGUGUCUACGCUUUACGCAACAAGUGAAUUAUUAGAUAUCGAUCGAUUGUGGCGAGAAGAUUUUCUCAAUGUAAACAAAACGGUAUUGUUUGGCUGUGGCCGAGCCGGACUUGGAGACGCAAGCGGCAUAAUAGACGGACAUGCAUACAGUGUUUUAGACGCAACAGAAUACCAAGGCGUAAAACUGGUAAAAGUGCGAAACCCGUGGGGAAAUGUAGAAUGGUCGGGUGCCUGGAGUGAUGGCAGUGAAACUUGGACUCCGGAGUCUAUGGCGACACUGAAACAUCGCUUUGGCGAUGACGGCAUUUUUUGGAUCUCUUAUGCAGAUUUCUUGGAUUUCUUUAAUUAUCUUUUUAAAUGCAGAAUUUUCGAUGAUAGUUGGAAUGUUUACUCCACGUGGAUUAAUUAUAAUGUUGAGCCGAAAUCGGAUGGACGGUUUAACUUGAAAUUGUCAAAGAAGGCAAAGGUUAUUAUUGUUCUUCAACAACCGGAUAGACGAUAUCUCCAUGAACCGCCGGCAUAUUUAUACCAACUCGCCUUUAGAGUUGUCGAAGAGGGAAGCUCGACUUAUCUAAUUCGAAGCCCUUACACUAAAACCUUAGAUCCAUGUGAGCGUAACAUAAACCUCGAAAUAGAACUUGAAGCCGGAAGCUACGAAAUUAUCCCACGAAUCGAAGCUUUUCCCAAUCCAUACGCAGAAAUCUCCAAGCAACCCAACGAAACUCAACCUGCCCAAGAUCUACCCGGCCAAGUUGAUCUCGACCAAACUGAAGACGAAAAUGUGAAUCCCGAAUCUACUACUGUUACUACUGAAACUACGGAAAGUCCAACUCAAAUAGUGUAUUCCGCAAAAUUGGCCAUGAAAAAAGAUAAAUUUGCAUCCAAGCUUUCUUGGGAUCUAAAAUUAGGAAUCAGAGUUUAUACUCAAAGUGAUGGUGUCAGUGUUGAAGCGUAUGAAGGCCCGUACCCUGUUUCCAAAGAUAAAAAUCUUUUAGAGGAAGAAGACCAAGAUCCGGAAGCUGAAACAACAAUCACAGAUUAA